GGGCUGUGAGCUCGUCCACCCAUCUAAGCAAUAAAUAAAAAAAAUCCACUAACAUUGUGUAAUUGCAAUAAAGUUGUUAAAUUUGGAAUCGCAACACAUCUAGUAUUCAGUUCAAAGUAAAGCUUGUGUAACGUGUCUAUCCAUCUAUUUGUUUACUGAUUAUUAUUUGCACAACUGCUCCAGAUCAAAACAGAACUGCUAAGCAUUUAACUGACUAGACGUGGCAAGUUUGGUGGUUGGAGGUGCUCAGUCGAAGUGAUAAUCGUUUCUCGAUAAUGUCUGGUACUGGACGAUGGACCUCGCCGUUCUUGAAACAGUGCUUUGCAGUAUCAAGUGUUAGUUUGAAUAUGAUCUCAUGUGGAUUAACAGUCGGCUUCAACGCUUCACUAUUCUCUGAACUUAGGAAGACACAAGAGAUACCUUUGAAUAUUGAUUCUGAAUCUUGGUUAGCGUCUCUCUCCGGAUUAACGAUUUUUAUUGGUGCUGUCGGAAGUUCAAUAAUAAUGGAAACGAUAGGGAGAAAGCCAGCCAUUGUCAUAAGUUCAGCGCUGAUGCUUUGCGGAUGGAUAUCUUUGAUCUGCGCUUCAUCAUUCGCUGUUUUGUUGACGGGAAAAAUUGUUCAAGGAAUUUCGACAGGGCUCGGCGCUAAUGUGGGCGGAAUAUUAAUUGCAGAAUAUUGCAGUCCGAAAUACCGGGGAGCCUUCAUCGCCACAAUACCAACAGCAAUGCUAUUCGGAGGAUUCAUUCCGCAUGCCUUUGCCAUGUUUUACAACUGGCAUGAAAUUUCAAAAAUCUUAAUAUUUUUCUCUUUACCCGGUUUUAUAAUGGCUGUACUCUCGCCUGAGUCCCCAACUUUUCUGGCGACUAAAGGACGUUACAAUGAAUGCAGGAAGGUUUUCCGCUGGCUGAGGGGAACAAACGAGGACGAAGAACUUGAAACAAUGAUUAAAACUGCCAUGAUUGUUAGAGAAAUUAAGGGAAACGGAAAGAAUAGUGUACCAAAUUUAAUUAAGAAAAAAAUUGCAUACAUCUUCACUAUGUUCAAAAAGAGAGAAUUUCGUAAUCCAGUUAUAAUUAUGGUGCACUUGAAUGCUAUUACUCAAUCAUGUGGUACUCUCAUCCAAGACAUGUACGCGCUGGACAUUCACAAAGCAUUAUAUGGCACAGACGCUUACAUGUUCAAAGUAAUAACAUCUUUGGACAUUUUGAAACUUAUUUCAAUGGUAUCAGCAAUUUACAUUGUCUCAAAAUUUAAACGGCGCCUCAUGCUUGUAAUAUUUGUAGGUUUGAAUAUAUUGGCAAAUCUAAGUGUAGCCGGCUAUAUUUACGCGAGAGAACACGACUUUCUUCCAUCUAAGAACUUGGCCUUCGGUAUUAUAUUACAUCAUUUCCAAAUUUUCACCAUAGGAGCUGGCUCCUGGCCGUUACCUUUUAUAAUCUGCAGUGAAAUAUACCCUAUAGAACACAAGGGCUUAUGUGGAAUGAUUAGCAGUGCAACUUUUUCAUUUUUUGUCUUUGCAAACAUCAAAUCCGCCUUAUAUUUGUUUUUUUACGUGGGGGUCGAUGGAGCAUUUUGCUUACACGCUUUGAUUCUCUUAUACAGCAUGCUUGUGUCUUACAUAAUGCUGCCAGAAACAAAAGAUAAAACUCUAUUAGACGUUGAAAAUGAAGUUAGGGGAUACGCUAUCGACGACUGCGAUGAAGGAAUCGAAUUAAAUGAUCAAUUAAAGGCAAGGGAGGAGAACUAAAUUACAGAAUUGUAAUAAACAUUUGAAAGUCAGAAGGGACUAUUAAGAUUGAUAUUGUCGUAGCUUUAAGGACAUCGUCGCCGGGUUUACUCAUAUCAACCAAAACGUCUAUGUUGAUCUUCAAAAUUCUCAAUAUUUUAGUAAAAUAUUCGUACAUAUUCGUACAUAUUCGAUAUCAUUGAAUGCAGCGAUUGCAUAUAGCAGAGAUGCGAAUGUUCCAAUGGAUGUGUGCAGUAACGAGAAUGGAUAGAAUACGGAAUAAAUAUGUUAGAGGA